AUGCCGGCCUUCAGCCCCGCCGCUCUAGGCUCCCGGCAAGCCAGACCGCGGGCGAUCCGCCGAGAGGAAGGAGGCCGAAAACGCACCUGCCGCGCUUCACACAACGCGCCGUCGCUGCGCCCGCCCGCGCCGGGCCCGACACGCUCACGCAGCGCCGCCAAUGGACGCGCGGAACACGCAGGGCCCCGCCCCCGCCCGGGCCCUGGGCCCCGCCUCUGGGCCGUUGAAGGGAGAGCGCCCCUCUGUCUGCGGGCUUUAAUCUCGGCCAUAGCAGUCGAAUGCCAAAGAGCUUGGCAGCUGGAAGAUGUACACCGAAAAAAAAGAAAAAUUUUAAAGAGGAAAAGGGAAGCCAAAUUCCAGUUUAGAGGUGCGAUAAUAUCAAGGCCACAUACACUACCCUCUCCAAUCUGCCUGCAGAAGCAUGGCUUUUUAAUAAAUACUGGUUGAAUGGAUUGUUCUGUUGUUCUGUGAUUGAUAAUCUUAAACAUUGUUAAUGUGCUUGAUGUACGGUUUAGGAAAGUUACUACACGUAGUGCUUGUUUUAUGUUGGUGCAGACUUUGUAUCUCCAUAAGAGAACAUUAAUUGUCAUUUCAAAAUUUAAUUUUUCAGACUCUUUUUUGACAAAAUGGCCCGGGGGGGCGGGGGCCGGGAAUCAGAAAUUACUAAGAUUAGACGAUUAAAAUGCUAAUCUGUAAA